AAGUAAAUUUCGGAGUUGCAUCCUAGAAAGCAAGAUUACCAUGCCUCCUCGACGUGAGCGCCCACUCCCUACUAGAUCAGCUAGGAGGGGCAGAGGUCGUCUUAGGCAGGGUCAGCCAGACCUUAGAGGAGAGGAAUCGACUGUGUCUCCUUUUCGAGCAACACUUGCUGCUGAACCGGUAGAGAUUCCUCCGCCACCUACUGGCAUUCCUGCCGUGUCUUCUGAGGUAAUCCAGGCAAUGGCAGCCUUCUUUACCGCAAUGGCUGGUCAAGCUCAGACUAGUCAGGUCCCACCUGUAGUGCCACCAGUUACUCCUUCAGUUCCAUUGGCACAUGAUGUCUCUAUUUCUAAAAAGCUGAAGGAGGCUAGACAACUGGGUUGCGUGUCCUUUGUGGGUGAGUUGGACGCCACCGCAGCUAAGGAUUGGAUUAAUCAGGUUUCAGAGACACUCUCUGAUAUGAGAUUGGAGGAUGAGAUGAAGCUGAUAGUGGCUACGAGGUUAUUGGAGAAGAGAGCCCGUACAUGGUGGAAUUCGGUGAAGUCCCGUUCCACUAUUCUCCUAACUUGGUCAGACUUUCUGAGGGAAUUUGAUAGUCAAUAUUAUACCCAUUUCCAUCAAAAAGAGAAGAAGAGAGAAUUUUUGAGUCUGAAGCAGGGGAAUUUAACUGUAGAAGAGUAUGAGACUCAAUUUAACGAGCUGUUGUCUUAUGUGCCUGAUUUAGUGAGGACUGAACAGGAUCAGGCCGAUUAUUUCGAGGAAGGGCUCCGCAAUGAGAUAAGAGAGCGAAUGACUGUGACAGGUAGGGAGCCCCAUAAAGAGGUAGUACAAAUGGCCUUAAGGGCUGAGAAGCUCGCAAAUGAAAAUAGGAGAAUGCGAGCUGAGUUGGCAAAAAGGAAAAAUCCGAAUAUGUCCUCCAGUCAGCCACUAAAGAGGAGCAAAGGCUCAUUUGUUUCAGGGAGUGCUCCUUCUGUUUCGGUAACAUCCUCUCGACCAUCAUUUUCACAAAUGCAGCAGAGGCCUCCGAGAUUCAGCGGAUCUGCAGUGACUACUUCUGAAAAAAGUUUCGGAGGUUUUGAUAGAUGUAGAGAAUGUGGAAGAUUUCAUGGCGGGGUGUGUUGGGGGCCUUUGCGAUGUUUUCAUUGUGGCCAGACGGGUCACUUUAGAACUAAUUGUCCACAGUUAGGACAGGCCACUGUAGCUGCUCUAUCUUCAUCAACUCGUACGGACUUGCAGAUGAGAGAUUCCUCUGGAGCACAACCGAGACAGGGAGUAGCUAUUCGGCCUGAUGUGGAGAGUAACACCCCAGUAUACCCACCUUCCAAACCACUGACUCGUGCGUCAACAAAAGUUUUUACGGUAAUGGAAGAUGAAGCACGAGUCCAACCUAGAGAAAGUGAAUGAAAAGUUAGGUGGAAAUGUAAGAUAAUGAUAAGAGAUGUAAAUACUAAGUUCUGAGAGUGUAAAUAAAGCUUUUAAGAAUAAUAUAAUAAAUGAGUUUAUGUAGAAUAUCGCUAUGGAAUUUUCUUAAUGUAUUGUGGAAAUUGGAGUUCAGAAAUGCAUAAGACAUGAAAGAUGAAUCUUUGAGGCAUUGAUGAGAAUGAAAGUGCAACCCCACAUGUGUAGGGAUUAGUAAUAUGGGUAACUAAAGUGAAGAAUGAUCCUGAGUGGUUCAAGAUUUAAAUUUCAUGUAUGAUGAGUGAUGUAGGUAGAGCAACGAAAAGAACAUCUCAAUAGUUAAAGGAUUGUGGAAGAAUGCUCAAACGAAGGAGAUGACAUGAGAUGUUGAAUAUUGGAUAAAAGCUAAUACCCCUAUCUUUUCUUGGAGUUUGAUAAGUGAAAUUUU